AUGCAUGUUGGAUUAUCAAAUAAGUUUUCAAUCUAGGGGUCAAAACGUAAGAUUGCUAGUUUGCAAUUCAGCGACAAGACAGUUGAGGAUUACUCAAAAGCUAUGUCUGUUGGAAACCCACAUGAUUUGAACAGUAAUGAUAAAUUUAAGCGCAGCUUCACCUUUUCCUUAAUUAUACAGCCCUGCGGGGAAAAAAUAAAUGUUUUAGAGAGUGGAUCGUUUUAGUGUUUUGUAACCGAUAAAAAAGGAGGAGGAUAAAUUAACAGAUAAAGAUAUUAUGAGAUAGUUAUAAGAGUCGCCAGAACAAAAGUUGGAAGAUUAAAUUCCAAAGCAAUUAGUAGGAUCUCAAUCUGCCCGCAGUUAUUUUUAACAUUACAAAGUACUUAAUAAAGUGAAAUAACAAAAUGAAUAUCACAAAAUUAAUGAUUCAAUAUAAACUUAGAUGCUCAAGUAGGCAGAAUCAGUAGAUGUGUUACCUUGUAAAUUGGGUCUCGUUAAACUUAAUGGUAGUGAAUCAUAAGUAUCAAUUAAUAAUCAUCAUUAUGGUGAUAAAUAUAUAAGUGUGUUAUCUGAAGGUUUGCGACAGAAUUAGGGAAUCAAGGAGUUUUUGUUAAGCAACAACAGAAUCAAAUAGGAUGGUGCUGUUACUAUAUUGAAUUAGAUUGGAAAGCAAGCAACAGUAGUGGAUUUAUCUAAAAAUGACAUUGGAUCAUUGGGAGUGGAUUGCCUAUGUCAAUAAUUGCAAAUGAGAGAGAAUAAGUACACAUUCCUCAUAAAUAAAGGAUGGAAGUGAUUAAUAUUGAAGACAACAAACUUGGAGACAAAUUUGUAAUGAAGAUCUUAAAGUGUUUAUUAAAUACCCAAAAUAAAGUGAAAGUCUUAAAUAUCUCUAAAAAUUUUCUCACUAAUGAAAUCUGUGAUUUAAUGAAGGAGAUCAUUUUGUAAUUGGAUAAUCUGGAAGAAUUAUAUAUUCACUGGGUAUAUAAUAUAAAUUAAAUAUAGAAUCAAAUAAAAGGGUCUGGAGGAUAGAAAAUCUUUGAAGCAUUGGUAGAAAAUAAGAAUAUGAUUGUGUUCGAUGGAAGUUGGAAUAGUUUUGGAAUUAGUGAAAAGUCAAAUUGCACUCAAAAAGUGUGUGAUUUCUUAAGCUAAAAUAAGGUCAUGUUACACUGUGAUUUAUCAGCCAAUCAAUUCACAUUACAGGAUUGUAAAUUGAUUGCUAGCAGUUUGAAACCAAAUAGAACUAUGUAUGGAUUCCAUUUUGCAGGUAAUUGGGGAGUUGUAGAUCCAAGAGGAUUUUUAAUUAUUGAUGAGAAUUCAUAACAGAAGGUAUUAGGAGAAACUCUGAGGAUUAAAGGAUUGGAAUAAGUUACAACUUUGAGACAUGAAGACGUGUGUUGGAUUUGUGAAGGAUGGUAAGAAUAGGUAUUUGAUUGGAUUCCAGAUGGAGAAUGUGAUCCAUUAUUUCUGCAUAUGAAUUUUGAAGAAUAUAAGCAAGUCUAUAUUCCCAAAAGAAAUGAUGGCACUUAUAAGUUACCCUUGAUGGUUCCUACUGGAUAGACUCAAUUUCUAUUCACAGUAAUUGAUAAUUAAACAACAGGUACCAAUUAUGAAAAUAUGAAAUUUGGUCAUGUGAUUAAACUCAAAGUGAAUGGAAUCAAUGUGAGUUGUCAAUUAGACAAUAUUAAUGUUGUGAAGAAAUUGAAGCAUUUUUAAUUAAUGGAUAAAAAAGAGAUGAAGGCCCUAACUUCAGUGCUUCCAAGGACUCCAGAUCCAAUUUACAUUCCACCUAAGUUAAAGAAAUAAAAAAGAAUUUGGUCCUUUCCAAUUUCGAUUUGGUUUAAGGAUUUUCGAUUUGAAAAUGAGGAAUUCUUAAGGAAAUGCUUUGAAAAGGAUUGGAGUUGUAGUAAAAUAUCAAAAGUUGUGAAAAACCCAGAUGAAUUUAAUGAAGUCAAAAAUUUAUUAUGGAAAGAUUACAAAAUGAUCAAAGAAACUUAUAAAUGGUAUUCAUCAUAUAAUCCAUCUGGAGAUGUUUGGUCAAUUUCAUCAAAUGUAAUCACAGACUUCUCAUCUGCAACGGAAUUGGUUGACAAUAAAACAUUUAAGCUUUCGGAUUUGGAUCUCAAAUUUAUUGCCACUUGUGCUGCUUCAAUUGAAUAUAAAGGAAACUAUAGAAAUCCAGAAAGAGCCUUGUGUAGAUAUCAAUUCAUGGAAUUCUUAGUGAGAGUCUCUGAUGAUAAAUACUUGAAACAAAAAUUAGCCAAUAACAUGGUGGAUUCUGUAUAAAUGAUUUUAGAGCAAUGCAGACCUAUCAUGUCAUAAUAUAAUGCAUAAAAAUGGAGAGAUGAGAGAUAUUUUAAUGAAUAAUGCGAUGAUUGUUUAAAGUAUUACAAAACCUUGUUAAAUUAUGUGUAUAACAGGUAUAGUAUAAAGAAAGUGAAACCAGGAUAGAAGAAAUUUAUGUGUCUUGAUGAAUUACAUGAAAUUUGUGGACAAGCAGGGUUAUUCGAUGAAAAAUUCGUUGAUAGAGAUGCAGAUUUGGUAUUCAAAUUAAAUAUAGUAGGCAUUCAAUUUAUCAAUGAUGUUGUAAAUUGAUGAAUUAGAAAGUGAUAGGAUCUUCUAAAUGACCUUUGUAGAAUUUUUGGAAGCCAUAGCCAGAAUUGCUGAGAAGGUAUCAUUGCCAGCUGCACCAGAUAUGAGUUGGGAAUAACGCCAAUAAUAACCAUUGCAUAUCAAAUUAGAAAGAUUCCUUAUCCUUUUAGCAUAAACUUGUGCAUCUGAAGAAUAUAAAUAACAAUUUGGAAAUCCUCAAAAAAGCAUAUUUGAUGUUCAACCUGAAGAUGAUUGA